CUCAGCAUCUCCUUAUGCAUCUCCUCCUGCUUCUGGCCGUGUUGCUCUUCGUCUGCAGCUCCUCAGGCACUGCCAGUGAGAACCCAUUAAGACGGCUGCUGAAGAAGAGAGAUGUAGCUGCAGAGCAGCCAAAGCCGCCCGCAGUAGCAGUGGCACCAGCCAAGGCCAAAGAGUUCCUGGCAACAGUACGGAGGCCCAAGAGGAACAUUUGGGACAGGAGCAGGCCGGACGUGCAGCAGUGGAUCAUGCAGUUGGUGUACAUGGGCUAUGAUGAAGCAGCUCUGGAGACACAUCUGUCCUAUUGGAUGGACCACUCCAGGACCACGGAUAACAUGGGCCAGCAUCAUUACGACGAGAACUCCCCAACCGGUCACUACGACCCCUCCUCCUAUCGCUAUGGCGCCAACGUCAAUUAUGACUAUUAUUAAUCCCACCGCAAUGACGCCCACCCAUGUCAAUUACAACUGUUAUUAAUCAUCCACAGUUCUUUUUUUUCAUCUGGGGACCCAUUUUUGACCCAUUUGGUGACCCAUUCUUGUAUGCGCUAUUGGCAAUAUAAGGGGGAGUUGCCCAUCGUUGGAGUUAAUCAACUCAGGCUGAUGCUAAAGCACUUGGCUCCCAGCACUAGAUAAUACAGUCCAGAAGACUCUCUGGUCUAGCUUGUGAUUCAGAAGU